UGCACCCAUCGAUGUUGUGCUGCCCCCCAGGCAACACGGGGUUGGAUCCUUCUUAGACUUCCUUUUUCCAGGUGUUGAAUAUCCCCACGAAGAUUAACAAGUGUAUAGUCGAAAUUAUUGCGCCUGUGGAGUUGAUCAAGACGGGGCAGAAGAUGGGGUCAUCUGAAGCAGCUCUUUUGGCAAAAUUGAAUAUCCGUCCUUUUUCGUACGGGCUUAUCAUUCAGAGCGUCUACGAGAGCAGGGCGGUCUUUGGCCCCGAAGUUCUUGAUCUCACUGAUGACGACCUGAUAAAGAAGGUUAUGCAGGCGAUCCAUACAGUUGCUGCGUUCUCCCUGGCAACGGGAUAUCCGACGCUCGCCUCACUUCCUCACUCCAUCGUUAAUGCGUACAGGAACGUGUUGGCCAUUGCUCUGACAAACUAUUCUUUCCCUCAGGCGAAGUCUAUCAAGGAGUACCUCAAGGAUCUGUCCAAGUUCGUUGCUGCUGCUGGUCCUGCUGUGCCUGUAGCCACGGAGAAGAAGGAAAAAGUUGUUGCUGCGCCUAAGGAGGAGGAGAACAAGGAAGAUUCUAGAGGAAGAGGAAGACGGAGGAUUUGGCGGCAUGUUCGACGAUUUUGAGAGAGAGAGAGAGAGAGAGAGAGAGAGAGAGGGUAUUGUCGAUGAUUGAGUGUUUGCCUAUUGGUCGGGUUUCAUGCGGCUCCUUACAAAGU